AGCGGAUAAAAAAAAAAAUCCACAUAACUGCCGAAAUUAGCGCAACUACUGCGCAAGAGGUCGCAAUAAUACACUUUCCACUACCUUCCUCCUCUUCUUCUCUCUCUCCCUCUCUCUCUCUCGCACUCUCCGGAUCACUAUCCCAAAAAUGGCCAGAGGCACAUCGCAGUCCCAAGCGUCCUCCUCCUCCACCUCCCGUCCCGGCCCCAUCGCUCCCCGCGGCUCCGCCGCCGCCACUGCCGGGAUGCGCCGGCGUCGCACCACCACCGCCGCCGGCAACUCCUCCUCCGGCUCCGCCUCGUUUGGCGGCGGCGGCUCGGGCGGCAACGUGCUCAGGUUCUACACGGACGACGCUCCGGGGCUGAAGAUCAGCCCCACCGUGGUCCUCGUCAUGAGCCUCUGCUUCAUCGGGUUCGUCACCGCCCUCCACGUGUUCGGUAAGCUCUACCGCUACCGAUCCGGUCCUGAAGCUUGAUCCACGUGUUCGAUUGUUCGGGAUUGGGAUCUGUUUUUUUGGUAGUUUCGGAGGGCUUUUUUGCUCUGUAAAUUUCUCUGAUGUUGUUGCUGAAUUUGAGCUCCAUUUGGUUCUGUUGUGUUGAGAGGUAGAUAAUUGUUUUGAUUUUGGAGGUUGAAUGACGAACGCGCUUGUAAUGAAGCUUUUUCUUUAUCCAAUAGUAAUACUUUGGUGACCAUGUUUAGGGAUCAUAUUUUGGGUAUACUCUUUGAAACCAUGGCUAAUUUGACAUAUCUUUUGGAAUUUGAACGGUAUACUCUUUAAUAAAUAGUUGAGUUGUAGCUGUU